GUCACGACUGCGGGUACAGGAUGGAUCCUAAGUCUUCUCCGCUGAAUGCGUAGCCGACAGUCGUUCCUUCGAAAUUGCGCUCGCCACGCGACGCUUCCUCAACGCUUCCGAAAUCGCACCGGCGUCAUCGCGCGUCUCAAACAGGAUUAUAUUUUGACGGAACUUUCGCGUUGCGGUAAAUAACGAAGGAUAUAUAUAUAUAUAUAAAGGACGAUACCACGUCGGCGAGUCGUGAAUUGUGAGGAUAAUGUCAGCCCAACGAGCGUGUUUGGAUCCGAGCGAUCGGUGUUUUAUUUGCGGUGAGAAUGAGCUCGGUCAAGGUUGACGAUUGUCAGUGCGACAGCUGUUGAGAAUUCUGAAGAUUCCGCUGAAUACGUUAUUGUUGAUUUUCAACAAAGGGGAUAAGAAGACGGGAGAUACCGACGAGAUUCCAACGCGAGCUCGUACACCCUUCAGAUCCUUCGUCAGAGAUGCCAUCGGGCUAAUACUGAUAUCAUGGCAGCCGAUCUUUACGCGAACGGCUCUGUAAAAUCAACGUCUACCAGAGCCGUAGGCAGCAUGGGGCAGCGUAAAUCCGGCGCCCUGGGAAGCCUAGGCGCCGCGGCGCCCAUAUCAACAGAGGAGGAGCAGUUAAAGUUCCAAGACAGUCGAUUUCUGGCGACUUUAGUGCUCGGCAGAAGUAGGAGAAUCUCGCCGGACGUGUUGCCGUCUUGUUCGCCCGGUGUGUUCCGCCAGAAGUCGUUUCGUUCAUCCACGCCGCCACCGCCGCCGAGGAAGGUGCCAAUACCAGCACGGACGUCACCAGUUGCGCGGGACGGUCGAGCUGUACCUGUAAUCGCAACGAACAAUCGCUACGCUCCUCGCGCAGCCACCCCUACUGUCACCACUGUCCCUGUCGCACCACCACGUGAUAGCGGCUCGCGCACCGCUGUCGGUACUUCGCUAUCGCUCUCGUUGUCGCGGGGUGCCCGAGCGACCAGCAAGCACGCGCGUCUCGGCCCGGCACUGGCCAGCAAAAUGGCGUCCGCGAGCUCCUCCACGGUCGUGCAGGGCUGGCCGAAUACCAAGGACGACUACGAGCUCAAGGAGGUUAUCGGAGUUGGAGCAACCGCCGUGGUGCACGCAGCAUUUUGCAUUCCACGACAAGAGAAAUGCGCAAUCAAAAGAAUAAAUUUAGAAAAAUGGAACACAAACAUGGACGAAUUAUUGAAAGAGAUACAGGCGAUGUCUUCUUGCAACCACGAAAACGUCGUGACGUAUUACACGUCGUUUGUGGUGAAAGAAGAACUCUGGCUGGUUCUGAGAUUACUAGAAGGUGGAUCAUUGCUGGAUAUUAUCAAACAUAAGACCAGGACCACCAAUUGUAAACAUGGAGUAUUCGAUGAAGCCACCAUAGCCACAGUACUUCGAGAAGUACUCAAAGGACUCGAGUAUUUUCAUAGCAACGGACAGAUUCAUAGGGACAUAAAAGCCGGUAAUAUCCUACUAGGCGAGGAUGGCACAGUGCAGAUCGCCGAUUUCGGUGUCAGCGCGUGGCUCGCGACCGGACGCGACCUGAGCCGGCAGAAGGUCCGGCACACCUUUGUCGGUACGCCGUGUUGGAUGGCGCCCGAGGUCAUGGAGCAGGUGAGAGAGGACCAUGGCUACGAUUUUAAGGCCGAUAUUUGGUCACUUGGCAUCACGGCGAUUGAGAUGGCCAGCGGCACGGCGCCGUACCACAAAUAUCCCCCGAUGAAGGUCUUGAUGCUUACGCUGCAGAACGAUCCACCGACUUUGGAUACUGCCGCGGACGACAAGGAUCAGUAUAAAGCAUACGGGAAAACAUUCCGAAAAAUGAUAGUUGACUGUUUACAAAAAGAUCCUACCAAGAGACCAACAGCUACCGAACUGCUGAAACAUCCUUUUUUUAAGAAAGCCAAAGAUAAGAAAUAUCUGCAACAGACUUUAGUGGCAAUUGGACCCAGUUUAGAAACGCGUGUACAGAAAGCAUCAAAACGACAACCUGGUACGUCGGGUCGCUUGCAUCGAACGGUGACCGGAGAGUGGGUCUGGUCGUCUGAGGAAGAGGACAGCGGCGGUUCGAGCGGUGAUGAAGGCGCCAAAGAGACAUUACCGGUUAAUACCAUCGAAAAAGCCAGCAGCGACGAGGAAGCCGGCGAACCCGAUGAGUAUUACGGUCAAAUCAAGGUAGCACCGAGUCAACUCGCGAUACCAGCUACCGAACAAAAUGUUCCUAUAAACUUGGUACUCAGAUUACGAAAUGAAAGACGGGAACUUAACGACAUUAGGUUUGAAUUCACCGUCGGAGUGGAUUCUGCACAAGGAAUCGCGGCGGAGUUGGUCGCUGCGGGUUUAGUCGACGGCAAAGACGUUGUGGUGAUAGCGGCAAAUCUGAAAAAAUUAAUAGAAAGCGGUGGACAAUUGCGGACAGUGACAUUUUCCUUGAACUCUGGCUAUGCGGCAAACGAAAUACCAGAUGACAAAGCGUUGAUAGGAUUUGCUCAGAUCUCUCUCACCGAUUAAACAGUCUCGAUUGCGUUCUGAAUUCUCAGGAUAAUGUUCUUAAUUGAUACAUUCAUCAUAUGUCAAGAUCCAGAAGGUACUAAAAGCUAACGAAUCGGCUGGAUACUACUUCUCGAAGUGAUGAUAAAAAGAAAUGCUUGACAUGCAUACGUGCACAUACAAGUGCAGUUUGAUCACUGAACUAGUUUGCCAGCAGAUCUUAGCUUUUGAUACUUUCGUUUCUUUCAGAUUUGAUUGCAGGGCGUAGAUAUUCGAAACACAUAUUUGUUACAACACAUCAGUAGUAACGAGCUGCUCAAGUGUGCGUCUGUUAAAUAACAUCAUCAAUGUAUAUGUUUCAUAUAAAGACAAUUGAACGGGGCAGAUAUAUAAAAACGCUAUCAUCCACAUACUGGCUUAAGGGUAUACACUUACUCUAAUCAAUAAUGGCUGUAGUUUUGCAUAACCGAAUUGUGUCAUCCAUAUUGCAUCAGUUAUGUAAAUAUUAAUAUUCAAUCAUUUGUUAAGUUUUUUUUUCUUUAUGAUUGAUGUAUCAAACGGGAUAAAGAUACCAUGCCGUAUCUUAUAUAAAUAGGUAAAUUUAGAAGAUCGAGGAAGAGAAUAUUUGAUAGUUUAACUUAUUUGUUCAAGGCGUAAGCAGUUUCUUCUGAAUAGCAGGCUUUUAGUUACA